GAUACUAGCUAUAAUAGCCAGAUCCACCGCUGCCACCAAAAAUGUAAUGGACACGUGCUCAGCGCCUCUGCAACAAAUAAAAAUUACGAAACGAAAUUACUUAGGCUCAAACUAAUAUUCUUUGUUUAAUUGUUACAACGUUUUUAAUAAAAGAAAUGCUCAGAAAAACGCUUCUUAAUAGUUAGGUAACUCAAAAAUUGACUGCUACGUGUGCGAGUCCUCGCAUACGAGCAAGUCGUCUGUUCAAAAAGGGUUUAUUCAGCAGAUUUCUUUGACCAGUCGUAUGGAGAAGGGAUUCCUACUCGCCUGUUGUCACACACGUAUCAGUUUACAAUGUGUUUAAUUUUAUUAUUUUUUAGCAAAAUACGUUAAUACUACAACAUAAUAUAUGGAAUAAUAUUACCUACUAACAGUGUUCAGUGGUUCUCAACAAUAUCGAUUGAAAUAGGUAGUAAUAAAAGUAUGACUUUUUCAAGUGACGAAUUAAACUUCCUCGUUUACCGAUACCUACAAGAAUCUGGGUUUCAACAUUCGGCGUAUACAUUUGGUCUUGAAUCGCAUAUUUCUGAGUCCAAUAUCAAUGGUGCAUUGGUUCCUCCAGCUGCUUUGAUUAGUCUCAUUCAAAAGGGUCUGUAUUAUACUGAAGCUGAAAUAUGCGUUGGAGAAGAUGGAUCAGAACUGCGUCUGUUAGAGAGUUUGUCUUUGAUCGAUGCAGUGAUGCCAGAAAUUGUAGCCAGUCGACAAAGCCAAAAUCAACAAAAACAAAAUGUAGCUAAGAAUGAGUCACAAGAAACCAGUGGUGAAGAAGACACAGCAAUUGUGACCCCAGCUGUUACCAGUACUGAAACAAUGGAACCAUGUAGAAAUUGUAUUGAAACACAGUCUGACACAUUAACUAUUCUUAAGGGCCAUGAAUCUGAAGUUUUUAUUUGUGCGUGGAAUCCAACCACUGAUUUACUUGCUUCUGGAUCAGGAGAUAGCACAGCGCGUAUUUGGGAUAUGGCUGACAGUUCUGGUUCUCCUUCUCAACUUAUAUUGAGACAUUGUAUUAAAAAAGGGGGAACUGAAGUACCCAGUAAUAAAGAUGUUACUUCCCUUGAUUGGAAUCGUGAUGGAACAUUAUUAGCCACUGGAUCAUAUGAUGGUUAUGCUCGAAUUUGGAUGCUAAAUGGCAGAGUAUCAAGUACCCUUGGUCAUCAUAAAGGUCCAAUAUUUGCUGUAAAAUGGAAUAAAAGAGGGAAUUAUAUACUCACUGCUGGAGUUGAUAAGACUACUAUUAUUUGGGAUGCUGCUUCAGGCCAGUACAAACAGCAAUUUGCAUUCCAUACCGCACCAGCAUUAGAUGUUGAUUGGCAAACAAACAAUAGUUUUGCAUCAUGUGGUACUGAUCAAUGUAUACAUGUUUGUCGUUUAGGGCUAGAUCGCCCAGUAAAAUCAUUCUAUGGACAUACAAAUGAAGUUAAUGCUAUUAAAUGGGAUCCUCAAGGAAAUCUAUUAGCCUCAUGUUCUGAUGACAUGACUUUGAAAAUAUGGUCUAUGAAACAAGAUACUUGUGUGCAUAAUUUACAAGCGCAUACUAAAGAAAUAUACACAAUCAAAUGGAGUCCAACAGGUCCAGGAACAGCCAAUCCUAACAUGAAUUUAAUACUUGCUAGUGCAUCAUUUGAUUCAACUGUACUUUUGUGGGAUGUUGAGCGAGGUGCAUGCAUACAUGCUUUGACCAAGCAUACAGAACCUGUAUUUAGUGUAGCCUUCUCACCAGAUGGAAAGUAUAUGGCAUCUGGCAGUUUUGACAAAUUUGUUCAUUUAUGGUCAACACAAAGUGGCCAAUUAGUUCAUAGUUAUAAAGGAACCGGUGGUAUUUUUGAAGUUUGCUGGAAUUCUAGAGGUGACAAAAUUGGUGCAAGUGCAUCUGAUGGAAGUGUAUUUGUUUUGGAUCUGCGAGAACUCUAAUUAUUUGGACAUAAUUUAUUUUUAUUUUGAGUUUUCCCUAUUUUGGAUACUGAUUUUCAAUUGUUUACUAAAAAAAGUAGCAAUUUUCACUCUAGUUUUUAUAAAUUUAUAAUUAUGGUGUUGUAUCAAAGAAAAAACAUUAAAACAAUUGGUACACAGGUUAUAUUAAAGUAAUUUAUACAAUGGUUGCACAAUUGGUAAAUAUUACUUCUCUUUUAACCAUCGGAUUUGGAUUUAUAUGAUUAUUCAAUUAUUGUGAAACCAAUUUUUUACUGCCAUUUUUUUUUCACACAAUUAGUGAUUUAUAUAUAAAUAUAUAUAUUUUUAGUUAAUAAUAAUGUGACAUUUAACAAGAUGUACAUAAGAAAAACAAAAAUAACUUAAGUUUAAAAUAAUAAUAACCACAUAAAAAAAAACAUUUUGAAAUGUGGAGUUGGGUUAAUACUUGUACAAAGUAUCAAAUAUAUAUAUAUAACUUUUUUUACCUUAAAAUAAUUUUAUAUCAUGUUUUAUGUAUGAUUAGGUGUUACUUUAUAAUGGUUGUUAAAAAAUUAAGCAAAUAUAAUAUUUUUUUUAUGUUGUAAGUUGUUAUUAUAUUUUAUACCAAAUUGCAUCUCAUAUUAUAAAUAUCUUGUUUAUUUAUUGGUUUCAGAAAACUUUAUGUGUAAAUAUUAAAACAUUUUUUUUCAGUGUAUUAAUUGAUAUAAAUUUAAAUAUUAAAA